AGACCGUGAGUUAGUUAUCAAGGAGUGAGCCAGGAAACGUGGGAACAUACGAAGGGGACAAAACGAAGGAGAAGCACGGAGGCCGUUCUUGAACCCCCUCUUUCAUCCGCGUCCGUAGAUAUUCAUCCUCCUCGCCGCCUUCGGUUGAGCUCUGCUUCCCAUCCCACCCUUGUCGCUCUCUAAACCCACUUCUUUUACGCCUUGUUUGAUCAGCUUCCGAACGCUUCAAACUCCUUAUCAUCCCCACCCUUGUCAUCCUGUCAAUUUCUUCCAGCAUUCGACAUGUCUGCCCAAACCUCCGCCACCUCCGAGAAAGACUUCAUUAUGUCUCCUCUCAACCACAACGACGAGGAGCGACAACAAAUGCUCCAAGUGAGCGAGAAACCCUCCGAGGGGGACGUCCUUCCGUCCCCUGUCUCCUCUGCUGCACCUAAGCCUGCUGGCAAGCCGAAGCUUUCGACCACUGUCAUCAUUCCGAUAUGGAUUGUCCUCAGCUCGUCGGUCAUCAUCUAUAACAACUAUCUGUACAACACUAUGCAGUUCCGCUUCCCUGUGUUUUUGGUUACUUGGCAUUUGACUUUCGCGGCAAUCGGUACUCGAGUCCUUCAGCGUACAACCAACCUGUUAGAUGGCGCAAAGGAGGUCAACAUCUCCAAGGACGUGUUCCUCCGCUCUAUCCUACCCAUCGGCCUCCUAUUCAGCGCAUCCCUGAUUCUUAGCAACACCGCUUAUCUCUACCUUAGUGUCGCCUAUAUUCAGAUGCUCAAAGCAUUUACACCCGUCGCAAUCUUACUUAUCUCUUGGACGUUCCGUAUUCAGGAGCCGAGUAAGAAACUGGCUGUCAUCGUGUUCAUGAUCUCUUCUGGCGUCGCCCUUGCCUCGAAGGGCGAACUGAAGUUCAAUCUCAUUGGUUUCUUGACCCAGGCCGCUGCCGUUGCCUUCGAGGCUUCUCGCCUGGUCAUGAUCCAGAUCCUUCUCCAUGGCAUGAAGAUGGACCCUCUCGUGUCAUUGCACUACUACGCCCCCGUGUGUGCUCUUAUCAAUCUGGCCAUCCUUCCCUUCACAGAGGGUCUCGCGCCAUUCAUGGAGGUGAUGCGGAUUGGGCCUCUCAUUCUUCUGAGCAAUGCCAUGGUAGCGUUCAUGCUCAAUGUCGCAGCUGUCUUCCUCGUCAGUGCAGGAAGCGGUCUCGUCCUCACCCUUGCUGGUGUCUUCAAAGACAUCUUGCUCAUCACCGGGUCUGUCCUUAUCUUUGGUAGCUCUAUCACGCCGCUACAGAUUAUUGGUAUGUCUUCCAUCUCUCCCCUCAAUCGCCCCUACGCCACACUUCCGUCCUUCUCAUCCCCAUUUGCGCUCCAAUGCCGUAUAUCGAAUAUUGCAACUGACGUCAACUCUGUUUUGUAGGUUACUCUAUCGCGUUGGGCGGUCUCAUCCUAUUCAAGACAUCUGGCGGAAAGUAAUAUAAAACGGUUACUACCUUUUACAUUUUUCUUUUCGAUCGUGACGAGAACACAGGAACAUUCUUAGCACUAUUAGAUGUCGGUUUUUGCACUUUCCUCUUGAACUCUCUGCGAAAAUCGCAAAUCCAAAAUUGUAUUCUCUUCUUGGAUCCGCUUGAACCCCGCCCACCCUCUUUGCGACGAUGCGCUUUCAUGGUCACACAUGAUACGUUACACAUGCACUGGAUGACUGCUGCGCUGUUUAUGUUUCUGGGGACGCUCUCAUCCGAUGGAUACUUAUAUUACUUACCACACGUUCUUUUUGCAUUUCGACUCAGGCUAGAAGCAUUUUUCUCAUCCCAAUAUACCCCCACACCCUACCCCUCCCCUCCCUCCUUACCUCACCUCUAUUAGAUUUUGACAAUCUUACGUUACUCAUGUCUACUUAUGCAUGCUUUAGGCUUUAUUCGUGUAAGAACGCGCUCGAUUAAACAUAACAGCCAAAAUGGCCGACUUUUUCC